CGCCGGGCCGAGCCCGGCCCGGCCCCUCCCCUCCCCGGCGGACUACAACUCCCAGCGCUCCGCGGCGCGGCCCUGCGCCGGCGGCCGACGAAACGAAAGCGGUUGCCCCGCCGGCCGACUUCACCUUCAGGCUGCAGCAUGAACGGCAGCGUGGCGGGCGGCGGCGUUUCCGAGGAGGUGAUCAGGCUCACCCGGGGACCCUCAGGGCUGGGCUUCAACAUUGUUGGUGGGACAGAUCAGCAGGUCAUUUCUAAUGACAGCAGCAUCUAUGUCAGCCGGAUCAAAAAGAAUGGGCCAGCUCACCUUGAUGGCCGAUUACAAGAAGGAGAUAAAAUUUUGGCGAUCAAUGGCAGAGACUUGAAGAAUUUGCGACACAUGGAUGCUGUGGAACUGUUCAAAAAUGCAGGCUAUGACGUGUCUCUGAAAAUUCAGCGCAGGUUGCAGCCGGAAAAUGGCCCAGCGGGUCAUCGAGGUGGUGGAGACUCAGGUGGGCUUCCCCUAGCAGCCAUUCUUGUACCAGGCCUGGCACUCGCUGCAGCAGCAGUCUGGAUCUUGUUGAGAUAUCGACACCGGAUGUGAAGAGUACACCCUAUGGAUUUCACUGCGUAUUUUACACAGCUAUGAUGUAAUUUAAAGAGAGCGAUUAACAAUCUUAUCACAGACUGAUGCCAAAGAGGAUCAUUGCCUAUCAUAAAGUUGCUGCUGGUGUUCUUUAUGUAUUGAUUUGUUGCAGAGCGAAUGGAAGCAGAAAGAAACAGGGGAAGGGAGAUGCCUGCUUUCAUGUAUUAAGUGAGAUGGCUGUUGUAUUUUUUUUUUCUUAAAAACAUAUGAGAAGUUUUUAGCCAUCUCUCUCUUUUUUGCACCAUGAACUUUCAAACAUGCUCAUCUAUUCCAUGUUUUAGGAUGUGGUUCUUUAUAAAGAGGCUGGGACUGUGGGUGGGAUGGUUUUAAAUCAAAAACUUUUACUAGAGGCUUUGCCUUGUUCCCACUGAAUUUCUCUAGGAACUGAUGAUCCAUUCCUGAACCUUGAAUAAAGAGAAGUAAUGCGGAGGGUAUCUUGUUUUUUUCUGUUUUUUUUUUUUCUUUUCUUUUGGUUGUACUAAAUAAAUGCCUUAAGAAAAUUGUGUAAAAUCUAAUCUAAAGUUUCACAUGUAAAAUCUUCAGUAUAACUGCUGAUUUAACACUAAUAUACAGUAUUGGUGAGAUAUUCUACCAGUUCUGGAAAUACAGAGGACAGUCCACUGCUAGAAAAAGACUUUUAUUGUCAGAAUGGCUGCUUGUUUUUGAAUGAGAGUUGUAAGAGGAUGCUUUCCACAAAUUGCUAGCAUAGCAGAGAGAGAUGUGCGGACAAUUGAAACACAAGGAUAAGUAAUGGCAAGAAAUAUGGUCAUGCUGAAGCUGCAGAAGUCUUUCAAGUAGUAAUGAAGCAGUAGUACCUCCAUCGUUCCGGCUGAUUGAAGUCUGCAUCUUUCGGGUGAAAAGUUUCUGUUGUGAUUUUUUUUUUUGGUAGGGGGAAUACUUGAGAAAGUUUUCUGUAGCAGCUAACUUGUUUUCUGCAGUCAGAAAAUCUUGGGAUGAUUGAAAGAGGGAAAGCAGAGAGCAGUUUGGGAUCAUCCUGGCUAUGGCUUGCUGUGAAGACCGAUGUGAUGCUCAGACUCAGGAAAUAGGGUGGCGAGUGUGAGACAGGGUAAAGUUUAGCAAAUACAACCGAAGGACAGACCCUGUCUCUGGAAAACAUGUUACUGAAUUUACCUGCAGAGACUCAUCUCCGCACUGUGAUUGGAAUAGUUUUAAAUGCCCCAGCUGACCUGAACUCUGUGGGGUAAGACCUGUUUCUCUUGUCUUCAAGAAAGAAUGUUUUUUUUGUUGUUGUUAUUUUUGUAAAAGACAAGCACGUUGCAUGAUCUGGUCUGUAUGAUGCAAAGAAAAAUCCUAUAUGCAAUAUACAUAUUCAAACAAAGAAAAA